CAGGUCAGCUCAAACAUGGAGAGAGAAGCAGAGAGACAAAGAGGAGGUGAUAGGGAAGUGGUAGAAGAAAAAUGUGCGGUGGAAAGGCAGUGGGGAGAAGGAGAAGUGCUAGCUCUCAUGUCAGUGUGGGAAGAAGUGGGAGUUCAGCAAACAGCUGAGAGCAGGUUUGAAUUGAUCUCAGAGCGUCUGAGGAGGCUCAGCAUUGUGCGCAGCUGGUGGGAGUGUCAGGCCAAAUGCAGGAGCCUGGGACUGCAGAGCAGGAAUCCUGAAACAGCAGGCACAUCAGCAAACUACAGCCCGGCAGUGGACAGGAGGCCGGUGGAGGGCUGGGAAGAAGAAGUGGAAGAUGCGCGUAAUCAAAGAGGAAUCUACUCUUCCUCACUCACAAUUCCAAUGCAGGAAGGAAUCAAGAGCCGGCAUUUUCGUGCCCUCCGGUACGGUGCAAGUGUGACUGAAGAAGGGGGCCGCCAUUGGACUGAUGAUGAGGUGCGAGCAUUACUGUGUGUCUGGGCGGACCGACGCAUCCGAGAACGCUUGAAGUGCACACUACGCAACAAGUCCAUCUUCCAAGAAAUGGCCCGUCAAAUGCAGAGAAACUUCGGGGUGGUGAGAAACUGGAAACAGUGCAGAACAAAAUACAAAAACUUGAAGUAUGACUACAAGACUGCCAAGAGUACGCACGCAGCUGAAGGCAGUGGUGCAGGUGGUCCAGGGAAGUAUAUGAAGUUCUUUGAUGAGGUGGAAGCCAUUCUGUUGGACAGAGGACUUGAAAAUGGGACCCUGGAGAUGCAGAAGAGGUUGUAUGAUGGAGAAUCAGGACCAAGGAAGUUACAAACAUUAGCAGGCCACACAGCACAAAUGACUGCUUCAGAAAGUGAGGUCGUCAUUGAAAUUGAUGAUGAUGACAACAGUGACGAUUAUGACAUGGAUGGAGACUUGGAAGAAAAAUGGAGGCAAGCCGAUCCAUCUCGCUCUGAUCAGUUCCAUGUGGUCACAGUGUCAGACACAGGUCGAAACUGGAGUGACCACGAGGUGCAAGCAUUGAUUGAAGUCUGGUCUGAUGAGCGUGUGCGCAGACAGCUGGAGAGCUCAACAAGAAAGAAAGAUAUCUUUGUCCAGAUCUCCAACAGGCUAAUGCAACAAGGCAUUGACCGUGACUGGAAGCAGUGUCACACAAAGUACAAAAACCUGAAAUACCUUUACCGUUCCCUCCAAAGGGGUAAAAGUGAUGAAGCUGAUCCAAGACGCCUUUUGAGAUUCUACAAUGAGGUGGAUGCAAUUAUGAAUCGAACAACCAAUGGCUCACCACACCAAGAACCAGCUGUAGACCAUCAAACAGAUCCAAGCAGACUUCAUAUAGUGGAGGACCAUGAAGAGAAAAAUUGUGAUGAUAUAUGUACCAAAAAGGUGGAAACAGCGACUAUGGUGGCCGGGCUGAUGAAGGACAGGACUUACAUUUGUGAUUCCUCCUCAUCAAUAAGCCUCACUGUGACACCAAACAAUGAUGAACAAAGACAUGAGACAAGUGGACAGCAUCGUUUGGAUCACCAGCACACAAAUGCUCUUGAAGCUAGAGCAGAUAAAGAAGCUACAAAAUCAGCAAACAGAGUCAUGAAGAGGAAAGCUCUGGAGCAAGAAAUCACAGAUGAGAGACCAGUUAAAAAGUUGAACUCUGGCACUUGUUUUCCUGACAACCCAGAGGCCCAGUGUAAAGAAGAGCAGGACCUCAUCCCGAUAAUAGCCAUCAAUUCAGUCUGUUCAAUGGCGUCCCCUAAUCCUUCCCCAGACACACAGAGCGAGCGGUUGGUUAAGAACACCAUGGAGUCGACACCAGAGCUAAAGUUAGGCCAAAAGCUAAAUGAGGGCAAGACUAAACAGAUUUUUGAGCUUGUGGACCAACCCGGACUGGUUUUGGUGCAGUCCAAAGACCAGAUCACGGCUGGUAACGCGGCGAGGAAAGACCAGAUGGAGGGCAAAGCUGCUAUCUCCAACAAAACUACGAGCUGUGUGUUUAAACUGCUGCAGGAGGCUGGUAUCAAGACUGCUUUUGUAAAGCAGCAGUCGGACACUGCCUUCAUUGCAGCCCAGUGUGAGAUGAUUCCCAUUGAGUGGGUCUGUCGGAGAGUGGCAACAGGUUCCUUCCUCAAGAGGAACCCUGGAGUCAAGGAAGGCUUCCGCUUCUCUCCCCUCAAGAUGGAGAUGUUCUUUAAAGAUGAUGCCAACAAUGACCCCCAGUGGUCUGAGGAGCAACUUCUGGAGGCCAAGUUCUGUCUCUCUGGAUUCACCAUUGGACAGUGUGAGGUCGACAUCAUGAACCGCAGUACUGUGGCUAUCUUUGAAAUUCUCGAGAAGGCUUGGGCCACUCAGAACUGUACCCUCGUGGACAUGAAGAUAGAGUUUGGUGUCAAUGUGAAAACUCAAGAGAUCGUCCUCGCUGACGUUAUCGACAACGAUUCAUGGAGACUGUGGCCAGCUGGAGAUCGGAGUCAGCAGAAAGAUAAACAAGUGUACAGAGACCUGAAAGAAGUUACACCUGAAGCAAUGCAGAUGGUGAAGAGGAACUUUGAGUGGGUGUCUGAACGGGUCAAGCUGCUACUGGAGUCUGAGGCAAACGGCAGGGUGGUUGUUCUGAUGGGCUCCACCUCAGACAUGGCCCACUGUGAUAAAAUCAAGAAGGCGUGCGCCUCCUAUGGGAUUCCCUGCAUCCUGAGAGUCACCUCGGCACACAAGGGUCCAGAUGAGACACUUCGCAUCAAAGCACAAUAUGAAGGCGACGGGGUUCCCACCGUCUUUGUGGCUGUGGCAGGCAGAAGUAACGGCCUUGGUCCAGUGAUGUCUGGUAACACCGCCUAUCCCGUCAUCAACUGCCCGCCUCUCACUCCAGACUGGGGUGCACAAGAUGUCUGGUCCUCCCUCCGUAUGCCAAGUGGUCUUGGGUGUUCCACAAUCCUCUCUCCUGAGGCCACAGCUCAGUUUGCUGCCCAGAUCUUCGGCUUGACCAACCACCUGGUGUGGUGUAAACUCAGGGCCUCUAUGCUCAACACUUGGGUGUUGCUCAAGCUGGCUGACCAGAAGUUGCAGGCCUGCAGCCUGUGAAGUGGGUUUCACAACCUUUGAGCUCUCUGAAGGCUCCUCUGGCAGUGUCAUGCUUUUGUUUACCACGGG